UCGUAUUUGACUAUGCUGGAUGCAAAGUUAGUGGCUAGACUUGUUAUAGCCAGCUAUCGACUUGGGUUUAUUCUUGAUAGUGUUUUCCGUCCAUGCUAGUUAUAAACUUCAUAUAUCAAGAGAAUUUGGUCGGGAUACAAUUAUGAAGAGAGUCAUCAUAUUUGUGAAUGGAACCGAUGUCAACGGCAAGGUGGUCUCAUGUAUUGUGUUUGUGGUGACUCAUUCAUUAGACGAAUUAUUGACAGCAGCUAGUGCAAAAUUUGAGAUAACUGCAAAGAGAAUCUUUACACCCCAAGGUGGAGAAAUUGAUGAUAUCAAGCUGAUAAGAGAUGAUGACAUUUUGUAUGUUUCAAGCGGAGAAGAUUUUAUACACAAGGAUAAAAUAUGUAACCAUAAUCAGUUAAAUAGAAAUUCAGAAUGGAUCACACUAAACGUAGGUGGAAAAUAUUUUACCACAACUAGGGAUACUUUAACAAAGAAAGAACCUAUGAGUAUGCUAGCAAGGAUGUUUACAGAGCCUGAAGAUGCAGAGCAUGCAAUGCAGCCAAGCAGACGAGAUUAUCAGGGAGCAUAUUUAAUAGACAGAAGUCCCACUUAUUUUGAACCAUUAUUAAAUUACUUGAGGCAUGGUCAGGUGAUACUCGAUUCUAAUGUUAAUGUGGCUGGUGUAUUGGCGGAGGCACGUUUUUAUGGCAUUGAAGGAGCCAUUCGAAUUCUCACUACAAUGGUGGAAAAGGAAGAGUUGCAGAAAGAUGGUCUUAUAUCUCUAACUCGCAAGGAUGUACUUAAAGCAAUCAUGUCGACACCGACUAACGCAGAACUUAGGUUUCAGGGAGUCGACUUUGUAGGAGCCGAUCUUUCGAAGCUAGAUCUCAGGAAUAUUAAUUUUAAAUACGCUGUUAUGCAUCAUUGCAGUCUGGUGGGCGCUAACUUGUCAGGAUGUUGUUUCGAGCGCGCUGAUUUAUCUCAUGCUAAUCUGCAAGGUGCGCAGCUCGUGUGCGUGAAGAUGUUGUGCGCGAAUUUAGCUGCAGCGAAUUUACACUCGUGUAAUUUCGAGGAUCCUGGCGGUCUGUCAGCGAAUAUGGAGGGUGUAAAUUUGAAGGGUGCUAAUCUCGAAGGCAGCAACAUGGCUGCCGUAAAUCUCCGAGUAGCCACAUUAAAAAAUGCUAAUCUUAGGAAUUGCGAUUUGAGAUCCGCUGUUUUGGCUGGCGCCGAUUUAGAGUGUUGUGACUUAUCCGGCUCCGAUCUUCAGGACGCGAAUUUGCGCGGUGCGAAUCUAAAAGACGCUGCUUUUGAGCUGAUGUUAACGCCACUGCACAUGUCUCAAACAAUACGAUAACAAUGAAUAUCGUGCUGCGUAUAUCACUGCAGCUCGUCUUAUAAUAAUGAUAUUUGAGACGAUUUUCAGGAAUUCGAAAUGCAGCUAGUACUGUAACAGCGUACUUUUUCAUGUGUCACGGACAUCAUGAAAAGUAAUCGUUUUCUAUUAACGAUUAAGGUUAUCGACACGAGAAAAAGACAGAUAAAGAAAGGGAGGAGGGAGAAAGAGAAAGGGAGAGAGAGAAAACUAACAUUUAUGAUAUUUUUUUAUUAUUAUUUUGCCCAUAAGAUUCGUAAAUUGUGGUGAUAUGUAAAACGUGAUAAUAUUUUUGACACGAUUUAGCUCGACAUUACUUUUUAGUUUUUGUUUCAUUAUAACAAAUAUUUCAGAGUAUUUAUAAUAUAUUGAAUUAUAUCUUGCCUUUAUUACUUUGAAGUUUCAUGAAUUGUCCUAAUGUAAAUUUUUUAUUAUUUCAUCCUGCAGAUCUUAUUUCUUGAAACAAUCAGGAAUAUCAAGUUAAAAGAAUUUAAAUUUUGUACGAAGUUGAGGAAAGUUUGAUUUUAACAGUAAUUAAAAAGUUACUUGGUAUUAGAAUACUCAGAAUAGUUGGAAUAUUUUGAACGUAAACAUUUAAUCGUCGAUCGAUUAUAUGUCGACUUUAUUAUAGACUUUUUCGUUUUAAUAACGCGCUUGAAUAUAUUAUAAUUUUGGUGUUCUAUAAGUAAAUCAUGUAAAUAUGGAAUUUUAUUAUUCGAAAGUGGCUUUAUUAUUUUUUUAUAUAUAAUAACAAGAUAUGCAAAAAUGUAGCAUUUUCCGCUAGACAUAUAAACUGUUACAAUAGAAAAGGGAAAUGAACACUUUACCCACUUUGCGGAUUACAGUGGACUAUUUUACAGUUACGGAAGAAAGAUGUAUGUGCCUUUUGAUAUAAUUUUUGAAAGAAAAAUCAUGAUAAACAAGUUAUAAAAUAAAAGUUUAAGAAAGGAGAAACAAUAUAAUUUAUAUAAUAUAAACAAAUGCUUAUCUAACAUAAUGGCAGAAUUAUGUUUAAAAUUUAUUCGAUAUGAGGAUGAAUAAAUUUGUAUUUAACAUUAUUCUAAUUUCAAAAUCCAAUUUUUCAAUUUGAAAGUAGCCUUUCUUGCAAACAAUGCCUUGUUUCUGAGGAUUAUUCUACAAUUCGAAUUUUUAUUUUUGCACGAGACAUCAUCCCAUCGACGAUUAUACCGUUAUCGUUUUGUAUAUAUACUUAUAAACAUUCAAUAUAUUUUUAUCUCAUAUUUGUACUCAUUGAAUGUUUACAAAUACUCCAUUACCGCCAAUGUUAAAUACUUUUACGAUUAAAUAUGUCUCCCAGAGAUUCUUGGUACUUCGAGGACUCAUCAAAGAAUAUAUCUUGCUCACAAUGUACUUGUGGAUCCUUUCAAAGAGAUUACUCUAUAAUGUAACAGAGUGUCGAUGCAGCGACAUAAAUACGAGCGAAGCUCGUAUAUAGGAAUAUAUGCGUCAAAGGAGCGCGAUAUUACGUCGCGCGACUUGCUAAUUACCUUGCUUUAGAUAUCUUGUCUCGUUCUUCUUAAUUUAGGAACGGUCAUCUAGAAGCGAGAGUCUCAGUAAUUGCGUAAACAAAAGUUCAUAGUUGUGACUCGCAUUCCCUCCGAGAAGUUCUAUUCCGAAGCGCGACUCUCUGAUAUAUGCGUAUGCGCGCGCGUGAGUGUGUAUCAUCGUCCUUUACUUAAUUUAUAAUUUACAUAAGUUAAGUCCAUGUAUAUAUGUAUAAUAUAAAAGAAAAAGAGCGAAGCAAAUUGACCAGCAUUACAUUAGUAAAGAUUUACGUUUCUCUGGA